AUGCACCAUGCACAACGUGCAGCCACUUACAUCGAGGUUGACGUUAACCCCACAAUGAACCCCAACCCGAAUAUGCCUGUGAAGCCCACAGAAGCACGAGUGGGUCGUGAGAACCAGAGAUACAACCUGGAAACGGGCGCUCGAAUGGUUGCGGGCUGUAUUUGUAUGGACGAAGCCAAGGAACGGAUCAUUAUGAUUCUGAGUAUUAAGCACCCAGAUAGGUGGAUUCUACCAAAAGGAGGAAUUGAGUUGGAUGAAGGUGAUGAGUUUGUUACUACCGCGGUCAGAGAAACUUGGGAGGAAGCUGGAUGCGAAGGCAAGAUUUUGAGGAAACUUCCGGUGGUAUACGACAGCCGGGGUAAGAAUGCUCCAACCAUCAAGGGUUCAUUUGAUCCCUCAAAGGUGAUUCCAAAGACAGAAUUCCAUUUCUACGACAUGGUAAUCGACCAAUUGAGCCAAGAUUGGCCUGAGCUGCACAAGAGACAACGACGCUGGUGCACCUACAGCGAGGCUAAGCACGAAUUGGUCAAAGCCAACCGGCCGGAAUUGGUGCUGGCUCUCGAGCUGUCGGCCGUUCGACACGACGAAGAAGUAUAUUAA